AUGAAGCCACGUGAUAUGUUCGCAGCUCAGUGGAAUGGUACCAUGAUGUUAAGUGAUAUGACGUUGCGCUCGUUGGGUGCGCUCAGUGAGAGGGACGAUGAGACGUUCGCCGUCCAGCACGCCAACAGCAAAACUUUCCUCCUGCUUCUCGUCAUUAUUCCAAUAUGUGGCCUAGAUGCCAUGACCCUUACCAAGCUGCGUAUCGGACGAUGCAGCUGGAGGACUGCUAUCAGUGAAGAGGGCAAAAUUGUGCUAACGGUCGCGUACCCAGCUCGUUAUAAUGCAGCGCGAAAGUGGUUCGGAUCGGAAACUACAAAAAUACGACGCGGCUUGCCACAGGGUAGAUAG